CAUCGGCAGAUAUCGUAAAUAGUCGUAAUGGGAACAAAAAAACAGAAGUAAUAUAAUUUAGAGCAAAAAUAUUGCUAGAACUUUUUAAAAAUAAUCCCAUUGUGGGAAUUUUCACUUUAUAAUGUUGCCUGACAUUUCAUUCUCGACUGUGGUGAAAUAAUGUAUGCGAGUGUCGCGUCGGCAGCAAGUUUUUCGAGCCAAAAUUUGAGCAGAUUUGACAGACCUAUCAACUCAUUGAAACAAGUCAGAGUUGUUGAGAAAAAUACGAAGAUGAGUGCAACGACACCACCAACGUCGCCAAACAGGCUGAAACUUAAAGAGAAAUUGGUUGGAAUCUAUGAUAGUUUGUUACAGGUAUAGUAUAAGACUAUAGUGUGCUAUAUGUACUGGUUAUGUACCUAUCAAUGUUAAGUCUCAAUGGGGUCGGUAUGUUACACUUUGAUUUCGGCACAAAUUUUCAAUCAAAUGCCCCACUGUCGGGCAAUAAAUAUUGGUCAAAUACCCCAACAUUUUGCAAUAAAUUGCAAUAAAUACUAUAUUAAUAAAAGUCAUUCGGUUCAAAUUGCCCUAACUCGGGACCAAAACUCUAUUAAAAUCAAAAUCCCUGGGGUGGGGAUGCAAUUGAUGAUCAAAUACCCCACAUAUGCCCGACCCCCCCAUUAACGUUGAUAGGUGCAUUGGGGGGGGGGGGGACACAAUUUUUAUGUUUUCCUACAAUUUUAUAAUAAAAAGACCUUUGUUUGAAUGCUGUCAUGUGUUUCCUUGCUGCAGGACAAAUGCAUAAAUAACAGAAAAUCCAUUACUUACAAUCAUUCAUUUCCUGAUGAUGACUAUAGUUUAGUCUAAACGUCGAAAUAAAUUUUCAAAAUGCUUUCCAUUUACUUACAGUCAGUUAGAAUUCAAUGGUUCAUUAAACAUCAAGAUUGCUUUCCUGUUUUGCAGUAGAUAAUCUGUAGAUAAUCUGUAGAUAGUCAGUUGUAGAUAGUCAGUAGAUUGCAAAACUAACAUGUGGCAAGUAGAUAAGGCCAUUUAAAGGAGCAGUGUCACCUGGUGCACAUCUUUUCUGCGCACGCAAACUUUUUUCAAUCCAAUAUGGCUGAUUUGCAAGCCGGAUUUACAAAUUAUAUGCAAAAUAUGUAUAGUUUCGUACUGUAGAGCUUGCCGUAGAGGAUGUUGAGAGAGCAUUUUAGGCAGGGGCGAAACUAGCCCCUUUUAAUUAGGGGGUGUCUGCUAGAAUUGCCCUGCGAAAGCUGAUGAUGCCCUGCAGCAUCAUUUUUCUCCAAAAAAAAAGGGCACUAUUUCUCCUAAAAAAGUUGGCGAGCGGAGGGGGGGGGGACAAAUUCCUGUUAAACAAAUUCCUAUUAAAACAUGCAUGAAACCCUUAUUUUUUUACCAAUAUCUGUAAAAUUUAGGUCUAUAAAUUCUAUUCAAUUCCCUCUGGAAGCCCUGGAAGCUACUUAGUAACUCUACAUUCUAUCAUUUAAAUCUUUCAUUGCCCUGCCAAUCCAGAUGAUUUACCUUGCCAAUCUAGCUUUGGGGGGGGAGUGACCCCGUUUCUUCCCUGAUUUUAGGCACUGAACAAUUUCCGAUAAUUUCUGAAAGUUUGUUGUUAUGCGCAGAAAAGAUGCGCACCAGGUGACACUGCUCCUUUAAGUACUUAUGACAAGUUGACAACAUGGGCGAGUUGUGCAAUUGAUGUACACAGUACAACUCCAGUUGUAAGCAGGUUGCAUGGCACAGUUUUAGGCAAAAGAUGCGUAUAGUGUAAAUCAGCCUUAUGGCAAUUCAUGGACCGCAUUAUGUAGCCAUGCAUGAACGCCAUGGAUGACGGUCUGUAGGUCAAAACCUAUGUAGGACUAGGGGUGCACUGGAAAGUUUCAGCCGGAACUGGAUCUGGCCGGAACUGGAAAAACGUUUGGCCGGAACCAGAACUGAUUCAUUAAGCAAUAUAUGUUACUUUGUCUGCUGCCAGACAGUCGGACACUUUCAGUCAUCAAGGACAGAGCUCACAAAUUUUAGAAUAAAAAGCAUUAAUAGUGCAUAUUUUUCUUCUGUAUUCCAAAUUUCUUCCUAUGCUAUUCAAUAAAUAAACUUAUAUUCUGUCUCUCUGAAAAUGACAAAGUCUGUAUUUCCCUACAUUAUUUCUGUUAUCCAAGCUGGAGUCUGAGGACAAAGAAAUUUAAUCUCAAUAAUUUUUACCUUAGGGCAAAGACCCAGGUGUGGAAAAUCACAAUUUUUGGCAUGAAUUUUUCUUGUUAAAGGUAAUCCUUUGUACUGGUACUAUAUAAAGUGGGCAGUAUAGAGAGACUUGAGUGCCAUAAUAGAAUGUACUGUUUGUUGCACUCUUGCCAGAAUGACCUCAUUUUCAUGUGAUAUAGAGUUGAGGACAAGUUUGUGAUUGGACUCAAGAUCAAAGAGAAACAUAUGUAAUCAUACACAAAACACAAGGAUACUGUAACAAACAUGGAAAUGGCAAACAUGGAAAUGAGGCCAUUGGGGUGGGGGGGGAGUAGUCAGGGGGGAGGGGGGGAGGGGAGGUCGGAAAAUUUUUUCCGGACAUUCAAAAAAGGGGCGAAAAAAAUUUUUCGGACAUAAACCAUUAAUUUAAGGAUCAAAAAUUUUUUUCCGGCAAAUUCCUGUUUAAACAUGCAUGAAACCCUUAUUUUUUACCAAUAUCUGUAAAAUUUAGGUCUAUAAAUUCUAUUCAAUAAUUUCCCUCUGGAAGUCCUGGAAGCUACUUACUUAAUAACUCUACAUUCUAUCAUUUAAAAUCUUUCAUUGCCCUACCAAUCCAGAUGAUUUGCCCUGCCAAUCCAGAUGAUUUGUACUUUGGGGGGGGGGGUGUCACACCCCCACCCACACCCCCCUCAAGUUUCGUCCCUGGGAGUAGUACUGCAAUAAACAGUAAAGUCUAUUGUGUACACAACCUAGACUAAGUAUAUAUACAGUACGGUACUUCUCAAACUUUUCAACUUGCCAAAUAGAAUAUGAAAAUUCAAUACAGUCAUGUAGAGUGUUGUAAUUAACCUUCUCAAUCAGGUGAAUGCUGAAUAUCUCGAGGCCUUGAUUGAAAGAAUGUCACCUAGUGAACUCAUGGCUGUUAAGGUAGUGUAUACUCAUGACAUUUAAUAAUAUCCAGCUUGCAUGCUUGUUUUUGUCUGACUUGCCACUCACUUAUGUAGGUAUCUAAGUGGCUAUAUAUAUAUAUAUAUAUGUGUAAAUCUGGCAAAAAUAAUUGGCAAAAACAUUUUUUGUGAAAUUUAAAUUGUUUUAUAAUGUGAUCAUGGGCGGAUUUACUGGGGGGGGGGGUUUAGGGGGGUUAACCCGCCCCCCCUAUUUUGUGUGAAAGUCUUUAACCCUUACGCCUAACCCCUAGGUCUGCCGAAGCUCGCUCAGUGCUGCCACUUGCACCCCACCAGAAAUUUUUCCACCCCUCCUUUAAAAAAAUGAAAAUCAUUCCGCCCUUGAAUGUGAUGCGCUGUAUAUAUUAACUUUAUUAUUUAAAUUUCAGGGUAAUAUCAAUCUUUUGUUUGCUCAAUGUUGUAUGGCAUUACAAGAUGAUUAUCCAUUAAAACUUGUCAAUGCUCUGCAGGUAAUUCAAUCCUUUCUAACAUUCAUCUCAGUCAUCAGAUUUUCUAACCAGCUGAAUCAUUUUUAUGAAGUGUUUCAGGGGUCCAUGUGCAGUUACUUUUCUCUCCACUUUUAAUACUUGUUACUAAUAUUUUUUACUUCAGACAUUAUGUACUUUGGUUCGUGGCAUCUACCAUAAAAAAAUGAUGGACUAUGGAUUUGAUAUAAUAAAUAUGCUUGUUGGCUUUGAUGAAGCUGAAUCACAAAUGAAGGUCAGCUGUGAUGUUUUUCAUUACAUUAAUAGAAUAUAAAUUCACACAAUUAUGUACAAUAAUUAUUGUAUAUCAAGUUUAGUAUGGUAAAUGAAACUAUACUUGCAUUCACCAUGUAAGAUUACAGCCUAGGACACUCCACUCUAAUGUUUUUAGAUCAUUCCUGAUGUCCAAUAAUACUGUAAGUAUAAACCAAUAUUAUACAAAGUAUCUUAAGUUGUAUAAUUUGUGUAUUUUCAGGCUUUAAUUGAAAAUCUGAAUGCAAUCCUUGUGGGUGAAUAUCCAGGUUGGUUAUGAUCUGACUGGACGCUUUGACGUACUAUCCUAUAUGUACUGUACAUUUAGGUCAGUUUGAAAUGGCAUGUUGUCCAUUAUGAUCAUGUAUUUUACUGUACUUGUUCUUCUUGUUAUAUAGUGAGCCUCAAGAAUCUCUCUUUGAAGUUGCUGCUGAUAUUACUAACUGUAAUGUAACAUUACUGCUAUGUACCGUAAUUUCUGAGUGCAUAUCAUAAAUAAAAGUACUACUGUAUUUUAAAGUUUAUGUAAUUUUUAUGUAGGCAACAGAUAAUGUCAGUCAAAAUACCAUUGUGGAGUACCUAAUGAUAAACAGCGUGUUUGAAUCCAUUGUAAAGGUAAUUAUUUUGAGCUAGUUUUGUACAUUUUAUCAUUGCUACUUAUACAUGUAUUCUGUUCUAACAGUAUCCCACAAUACAUUACGUGUUCGCUCAUUGCCGCAGGAAAAUUUGCAUAAUAUUAUAUUACUGGUAGUACAGAAUGUUUAAGAGUCUGUUUGUAGUAGACAUGGGAUGGGACAAUGAUUGGGGUACAAAUGCUCAAUGCCAACUAACAAUUCCUAGAACCAUGUUUCCACCUUACUGCAGGUGACGGGAUAAAAUCUGCCAUUUUCUUAUAAACGAAACAUGUUUAAUAUGAAAGAAAUAUGUACAUGCAUCGCAGGCACCACGUAUGUCUGGAACUGGAUAUCAUAAGCUAUAAUUAUAUUGUCUAUUCUCUUUUCAUUUUCAGAUACUCGCGAGUCCGGUGGCUCGACAACAACAUGGAUACGAGGCUAUCAUGUUGCUUACGCUUCUUGUAAAUUACAGAAAAUACGAGGUGAGGUAUGACCUUUGUAUGAAAUCUCUCUAUCAAGUAAAUUAGGUUAAAGGUAUGUUAAAAAACGGUGGACGAGGUUUUAAAAAAUGUUGCGCUCUGCGGUAGCGUUACGAAGUUCUAUGGUUGAAAUAUAUGAUAUAUACGUAUUACGCAUUGGAAAAUUCUUAAACAAUGCUUGUUUGUAACAAAAUUCCAUUGCGUGAGUAUGGAGCUCAGCAUGAACACUUGACAAUGGACCAAUCAGCAGACAAGAAUAAAUUAAUAUAUACUGUACAUGUGAUCUGAGUUUUUAUAAUUUCUUAGUAUAUUUUUUUAUUGGAUCCCCUGCAGACUUUUGUUUAACUUUAAUUUACCCUUAAAAUUGCAUUUCACCCUAAUGCGCCCUACUUUGUUAUUUUAUUCUGUCUAACUUCUCUUUUCCAUGAAAAUCACUAUAUGGCUAAGACUACUUGGUAUUUUCUCAGGCGUCAAAUCCGUAUAUCGUAAAGUUAUCAAUCCUUGAUGAUGACGUGGCUUUAAACGUAAGUUAACCUUAUCGCUUCUUACACUUCAUGUGCAUGUUUAACUCUUCAUGUGCUCUUCGGUCAGGCUUAUUUGAAGGAAUUUACAGUGGUAGGUCAAAACUCGACCUUACUGUACGUUUAAAGACUUCUCUCUCUUUCCAAUUGCAGGGUUUAGGCUAUGUCAUAUCAGAUGUCUUGACUGAAUUUAACAGGUAAUGAAAACUCAUAAAAUAUAAAUUUUACUAUCUCACUCAUAAUAAUACCAGUAAUAACUCAUUUAUUAAUCGUAUUUUUUCAAUUGUAGAAAAUAUAGAAUUAAGGCAGAAGAGCCUAGAGGUGGAAUUUUAUCCAGUCUUAGUUCAAUGGUACGGAAAACUAGACUUUGUAUGCUACAUUGAUAUAGCGCCCUGAUUGAUACUACUCUCAAUUUAAUUUAAUUUAAUUUAAUGAAUUUGUCACAAUUACAACAAAGGACAAUUACAUAUUUACAGAAACAAUGACAGGAGAAGGUAACAGGAGAAUUUCCCAAUUGACAACCAACCCCAACAAGAACAAUACAAUAAAAAAGCAAAUAUCCAGUUUUUAGAAGUCGGACUGUAUCUGAAUCCAACUACGGCGGUGUGUACGUUUGCAGCCUGUCCGAAAAAUAUCCAUGCAGUUUUGAUUUAAAAAUAGAAACGGACUGGCAUUUUUUUAAGUGAAUUCGAAUGGGGGAGGGGGUGGGGGUUGGUGAUUAGCUGACUGUACGUGUGUGAAUGGCGACGAGAAGGCAAAGAAUGGGAUUUAGCUGGCCUUCCGUUUUUCAGCAUCCAUGCGCCAUGCAUCGCAGCAUCGUUCUUUUUAUGAGCAUACCAUUAAACCUUGCAAGCACUGCCACUUUAUGUGUCCCUGAUAUGUUGCAAAAGAAGAGGCUGCAGAGGAAGCAUGCAGCUAUACACAUGCGAAUGUUUUUUCGGGAAAUUCCUGCUGGAAAAUUGCAUGCUUAUUGGUUUAAGUGAUUCUAGAUGUUUUAGGAGGUGUUUGGUAUUUCUGCAUUAUCCAUUUGCCUGAUAAUAAUUUUGUCUUAAAUUACUGUAGUCACAUGUAGGAAGUAUGUUUCCAUUUUCAUUCUACUAAACUCGCAAAUAUCCUUUGGGUACACUGAUAUAAAAUUUUGUCAGUCUGAUGAGCAUAAGAGUAGAGUAUAUUCCGACGUUUUGAAUGAACUCCCGCGGUUACGUGUGUAUAUAAGACCUAAGUUUAAAAACGUUUUCCUAGGUUGGUAGUAUGUUUGUAUCAGAGGAAAGCAGAACACUUGAUAUAGGGUAAGGUUAAAUAGAUGUUAUACAGUAUGCUUCUGUCAGUGUGCUGGUUUACAAUAUAAACAUUUAUGUUUGUGUGUCUCUGAGUGUGUUCACAUCGGGAAAGCUGAAAAGUUAAGCUUGCCCGGUGUGGUCAUGAGCAACAUCACAAAUAUAUCUUUACCUGAGAGCACAACACCAGAAACAAGAAUUCAAGAUCAUCAAACACACACUGAUAUCGAAGGAACUUAGACUGAGUUCCGAAAUAUCACGCACUCGAACCGACUUGACCUCGUAGCUCAGCUGGUAGAGCAUUGGACUGGCAAACCUGCAAAAGUCGGGGGUUCGAUUCCCACCGCGGUCAAGCAAACUUUUCAGCCUGCCCGGUGUCGACACACUCAGAGCAACAUCACAAACAUAUAUCUUCACCUGAGUGCAUAAAACCAGAAACAAAAAUUCAAGUACAAAUAUUGCUGUGCCAUAUGGCGUAGUCAUCCUCAAACUUUGGUUAUUCUCACACUGUUUCAUUUAUUAGUGUGAACAACAUGGUCCUACUUGCACUUUACGAAGCUGUUCAUCUUAAUCGACAUUUUUUUACGGUUCUUAGUCAUGUUACUGUAAGUAUUGAAAUUAUUGUACAGCAUGGACAAAUGCUUAAUUCAUGGUUGAAAAAAAUUUUUUACAGCUUUGUUACACAGUUAUUCACCUGUCAUUCAAAGAAAUUAUUGGAGGGCGGUUUCUCUCCUCCCGUUAGUGUUCACCACUUGGUAUAAAACACCUUUAUCACAGUUUUGAAAUCGAUACUGAAUGCCACUAUUUGAAUGCUAUAAGUAGAGGAUUAUGUUUGAUAUACUGUUGUGAUAUGUACAUGUAUUGUAUAUUGUUGUUUCAGACGCCAAACACGCACUCAGCUACCCCACCCUUGUCACCUACCUCGCCUAUACCUGUGGUGGACAGACCUACGCAUGGUAAGUGUACGUCAUUUACUGACUCCUCCACAGUCCCUCAAAUUUGCUUGGAAAAGGCGCCUGCUUCCGGUUAUGAUAUAUUCUCGCUAGGCUAAACAUAUACAUACAGUAUUAUACAUCAACAUAAUUAUUAACUGAUUUGAGCUACUCGUAUUUUUAUCUAUAAAGCCUGCAAUAUGGCUAGAUAUUCCUACAGACAAAGCUACAUUAAGCCUGACCAUUUCUAUCAAUAAUAAGGUUAUAUCUAGCUGUCGUCCAGUAACAUCUGUAUUCUUAUGUUUACAGUACAUGUCCAUGACGAAUCUGUUGCACAACAGGCUUCCAACCUUCUAGUAACAUUUCUUACGUAUUCAUCCAUUGUACUGGUAAAUAUAAGAGGUAUGGUACACAUCUUUAUAUGUUUGAUAUUUAUAAUAGUAAUAGGUGUAAAGUGCGCGCACUAUUUUCCAGGUGUAAGGUGCGAUAAUAUUUUUAGCCCCAUCGGUUCAUUAUCGUAAGGUCAAAAAAAAAUAUGUGGGUUUCCUAUUUCCCGACCCUACCUAGCUUUUGGACGCCAAAAUCCCGACAUUGGAUCACGGUUGUAAGUGUUUCCACUGAGAGGAAAACGUUUGUGGAAAAUGAAAAUUUGAGGCAAUAUUAGGGAAAUUUAUGUUUGGAUACGGAAGCACUGACGAAACAAAAUGGCGUCCGGUUGUUAGGAAAAUUAAAAAAAAGUUUAAAAAGAAGUUAAAACCGACCUAAGUUUUUACAAGAGGAAACCGGAAACCCACAUAUUCUUUUUUGGCCUAAUCGAUUAAUCGUCAUCAAUAAUCGAUUAAAUUGAUUAAUCGUAUUAAUAAAUCCAGACACGUCUUCAGUGAUUAAUGUCACUUCGAAGAAGGGGGCAUGUUUUAGUUUUAGAAGAUUAUGUAAAUAUAAGGAAAUAAAUUAUUUUCAAAAUUGUAUUUUUUAUUAUGUUAUUCUGACUUCUCUGAUCAUAUAGGUGACGAUGGUGCUAGUCACGCCAAGUUAUGCUUUAUCAUUCUGACUUGUAUCGCAGAGGUACGAAGCUCGUUUGUAAGCCAAAAAUGAAAUGUAAUGACACAUAUUUGGAGUCAUAAAACGCAAAUAUUGUACAGUAAAUAAUUAUGAACGGUGCGUGCAGUGUGGGUAGUACCAUGCAAUAAUAACAAAACUUCGGUUGAAUUGACCAUUUGCGUAAUAGACUAAAUUUUGAUCUAAACAAGUCUAGACAAAAACUUCAUCACAGCUUGAAAGAGCAUCACAAAAUUAGUAAUAUUCCAAAGUUUCGUUGCGAAAUGUUGUAAAAUUCGGAAAAUAUAGCCUUGCGAAGUUUGCAAUUUUCAGUCAUUUUAGAUUACAAACGGGUUUGGGGCUGUCAAUUUCCCGUUUGUAAUCUAAAAUGACUGAAAAUUGCAAACUUCGCAAGGCUAUAUUUUCCGCAUUUUACAACAUUUCGCAACGAAACUUUGGAAUAUUACUAAUUUUGUGAUGCUCUUUCAAGCUGUGAUGAAAUUUUUGUUGAGAUCAAAAUUUAGUCUAUUACGCAAGUGGUCAAUUGGGAUUCAACUGAAAAAUACAAGGAGAACUUCGACGUUUCGAGCGAAGGCCCCUCGUCGGGAAGUUAGUAGCGGGCCUUCGUUUCCUUGUAUUUUUCAGGCAGUUGCAUCUCUAUAUAAUCGACGUUUUGUUAGUCAAUAAAUUUAUAAAAUUGUUCUCUUUCCGGCCUAUCAAAACAGAUGAGAUGACUGGUUUGGUACAACCGACCCUGUGGGUAUAUAUAUAAUCUUAAAUUAACAAGUAGUAUUGUUUCUGCUUUCCGUUUUUUCAGGACCAGUAUGCUAACGCAUUUCUUCACGAUACCAAUAUUACCUUCUCUGUUCCUUUAUAUAAAGUGGUGAGUUGUUACGCAUGCUUCUUAUUUUCACUGGCAGCUUAGGGGCCACGAGCCAGGCCAGCCUGGUUAGCCAGGAUGAAUCGUGUCACGAAAAUGUUUUCCUGACCAUAAAAGAUCGUUUGAAUGAACUUUAUUACUUUAUACUGUUAUACUGGAAUGAAAGUAAGACUCAAACUUAAUAUCUAAUUCAACUUUCAAAUGUCAUUUUGGAUGCUUAUCAAAGCCGUCAUAAAGGCCCAUUUCCACUCAGGAAAAUGUUCCGCAGAAAGAAAUUUUUGUAAAAUGUGAUUGGCCGACACAAACUUUACGUCGGAAAAAAAAUUUUGAAGUUGAAAAUUUUCAAUGGUUCCGUAUGAACAACCCCUUCGCACAGACGGAUUCCAGGGGUGUGUGUUUGUGUUUGUGUGUGUGUGUGUGGGGGGACGUUGCAGGAGGUGCGCAUCCGCGAGAAAGGUAUGGGAUUUUUUAUAUGAUUUGCAGUGAUGGCAGAAGAUUUCCCCCUCUCCCUGAUAAAAUCAACAUUCUUUUGUCAGAAUCUCUCAUGCAAAGUAUGUUUUUUUCCGAUGUUUUCAAUUUUCAGCAUAUGCAUCACAGAAGCGGUUAUGCGGAUCCAACGACUCCGUCCAGACCUCUGGCUUGUGCUUUAUUGGGUAAGUGUCAAACCCGUUAGAAAUUAAAGACGUUUAGCCUUGUUCAAAAGUCGUGCCAAAAGAGGUAAUGUUCUGAGAUAGUGUGCAGAGACAUAUACAGUGUGCCUUUAUAUACUAGCAGCUAUUGCAAGUUUAUUGAAAAGCUUCAAAGCUGAUUUAUUACUGUUAUUUAUGUAAAGGAUUAUUAACGAGGUUUGAAACUAUUUAGAUUUAAUGGUGGAAUUCAUUGUGGGUCACAUGACCAAGAAUCUUCAGACUGACCUGUACAGGCAAGUAUGAUCAAUGUUAAUCUUUCUCGCGAUUUCAGUAUUGUGUUGUAUUUAUAUACGAUUAAUAUUUUAGCAAAGCAUUUGGAGUAAUACAUCGAACACUGUGCUAUCAGAAACGAUGUCGCGUGAGGCUGUCUUAUUCCUGGAACAAUCUUUGGACGGCAUUGAUGAACUUCUUGAAAUUUAUUUUGACCAAUGAAACAAAUUUGCUUCCGAAGGUCAAUAUAUUCCAUCUUGCUUCGAAGGUACAUGUUCUAUAGAGUUUUACAGUAUAUAUACUGUAGUAAUUAUUGCAUGUUGUAAUUUCGAUAUUUUUUAAACAAAAUAAAUUCAUACAUACAGCCAGGUGAUCUCGUGUUCGUAUUUUAGCCAAUCAGCGCUCAGAAAGGGUUGUCCGAAUAGAAAUCCAUUUUGAUGUAUUCAGUCAAUUAUAUCUUUCGUUAUUCUUUAUGAAACUAGUUGAAAUUUUGUAAUUAUGUUUGGUUAUGAGAACUAUAGCACUGACAAAAAUAUGGAAUCGAAAUAAAGUAUAUUACAGGAGAUAUUCAGUUGUUUUAAUCAUAAAAUGGAUUUCUAUUUGACAACUAGUGCCAGUACUUUUCCGCGUAUCAAGAUCAUCUGGAGUGUGUAUAAGACAAUUUAAUUAAAUGAAGUUUAUUGGUAUAAUCAAUCCCCAGGGCUUUGGUCAUAAGGCAGCACUUCCUUGCGAUAGUAACUUCUAGUCAUAUAUUUCGACUAGAAGAUAUAUGCGAUUUUCUUAAUACUUUCAGGUUGUGAGUAUCUUCAAUCUCUUCAUUACCUACGGUGAUACAUUUCUGCCAAGUCCAACAUGUUAUGAUGAGUUGUACUACGAAAUUAUUCGAGUUCAUCAAAUAUUCGAUAAUCUUUACUCAAUGGGUGAGUUCAUCUUAAUGGGUGCCGUUGUGAUCGGACCAUUAAUCAGUCAAGCUCUUUUCUGUACGAGAUAAUCUCUACGACAACCACGUAAUGAUCCAAGUGCGUGCCUUACAUGCAGUACCUCGAACACGAAUUUUUGUCCCACCGAAAGCGAAGCAAGACGAUUGAGAAGAUUUUUUUGCUUUAUUUUCAGCACUCCGUUACUCAUCCUCUACUAAUGGCACAGACAACAAACACAACAAGCACUCUGCCAAUACUCUGGCUGGAAGCUUAGUAAACAUUAGGUAAGAGAUUGGUAAGAGAUCGAUACUCUGGCUGGAAGCUUAGUAAACAUUAGGUAAGAGAUCGAUACUCUGGCUGGAAGCUUAGUAAACAUUAGGUAAGAGAUUGGUAAGAGAUCGAUACUCUGGCUGGAAGCUUAGUAAACAUUAGGUAAUAGAUGCAAUUACACGUCGGCGUUGCCUUUUGGACAGUUCUUACUCCAAAAAUAUUUAUGGAGUUUACUUAUGCUCACCCCCAACAAACUGUAGUAUAGACGAUAAUUUCUCGCUCAUGAAACUUCUUAGUACUGGAAACAUCGUCUUUCCUGUCGUAUAUGGUACCCACCUCACUGUGCGAAAAUCUUUCUAUACCCAUAUAAUAUAUUUAUUCACAAAAUUUUUAUUUUUCGUUCUUUUUCCAGGGCAAUUAUUAAUCACUUCUCGCCAAAGAUUGACUCCUGGGCUGCUGUGAAUCACCUUUCAUCUUUGACUUCUGAACAGGUUUGAAAUCAAAUCUCUUUGUAUAGUACCACCUAUAUACAGUAUGAUCAGGGUUUUAUUUUAGAACUUUGAAUACAUCCAUGAAAAUUCUGUUGCUUCACCGUAUAGGUACUGGAUGUAAUUCGCGAAAACUACGACACGUUAACACUCAAACUUCAAGAAAAUCUGGAUAAUUACGAGAAAUAUGUUGAGAAGCCCAAAGAAUCUUCAUUCUUCACGCAGCUGGUGAGUACCGUAAAUCUUUUGAGGCCCCGGGAGACUUAUUUAUUGCUGGAACGUUUGAGGUUAUUGUAAAGGAUCAGGGCACAUACCAUGUAUGAUCACAUAUAGACUAGAUGUCUUUCUAAAAUAUCUUAAUAUAAUCAAUUUUUAGGUACGCAAUAUUACCGCAGACGUGAGAAAAAGUAUUGCUGUCACAAAUUUGGAACAGUUUACUUUACUGCAAGAAUUUUCAUCCAUACGUUGACAAUGCAUUUUAACUUAUUGGGAAAUAUGUUCAAUGAUUAUUCUAGCCCCGUAUAAAAUACGGACCUAUACAGGGAAUAAUAUUGUACCUGCCCCAAAGGGUGUACAUUUUAACUCGAUCUGUGCCAGCGUAUUUGGUCGUUUGUCAAUGCUAACGAAACAAUAUAUACAUACUUUAUAUGUAUAUUAAUUGUUAUAUAUAAAGUAUUAGUAUGUGAUUCGAUACCCUGGUUCCAGAGGUUUAUUUUUAUUAUUUUGAUUGCAAAGGGGAGAGGAAAAAUAAACCUCUGGUUGAAAGCGGCAAUUGAUUCAUUGAGCCGCGCCAAUCAGUUUGAAUUAGGGUCAGAUCCUGACUCUGUCUCCUGAUUGGAUGAUUGUAAUAAAGCUCUCUGAUUGGUUAUAGAUGUUCUAUUUGAACGCAAUGCCAUUAAACUGGCUCAUGUUUAUCACGCUUCAACGCAACUUCGUUUAUUCUAAAAUUAAUUUCUACAUUUUCAUCUACAUACAAUUUACUCUAAUUUACAAAAUAUAUUUUAAUCAUUUGUCCAAUUCAGUGUAUAAGAGACACCAGGCCCAUCGAAGUGAUUCCAGUUAUAAGACAUAUUAGUUGUUUCAUUGAUUCCCUGGAAUAA